AUGCGGAUUUCAGGAUUCCUCGGUUGCGCAAACAACGGCCUUCUCACUGUCAAUCUUACGAUCCCGGGUGCACUUGAUAAGAUCCUUGUUGCCGGUGACCCCGAUGAUCCGGAUGACUCGGACGACUCGGAUUCACCAUCAGAUAUAACAGUGACUCCAGUGCCCGACGCGUAUUACGAGCAUUGCAAGCAAAAAGGAUGCGCCCUGGAAUGGUCGAUGCAGCACUCCGAUAGCGAGGCCGGCGCUCAAUUUGCACCUCCCCGCAUGACCGCACAAUCUCCCUUUCAAACUCCUCAAGACCUCCGAGACUGGGGAUGGCAUGACGGUGUCAAGAUAUCGCAAGCUUACGAUGACCUCAGCAGCAUCUGGUGGGGAGCUGAUGUGGCACUGAAGGGCCUUCAGCUUCCUUGGAAGACAGAUGCACAAGAGGGUCCCAAUCGUCUCACCAUUGUAGUGCACCAAGACCCCACUGCAGAUAUCAGUGUUGAUAAGCAAACUUACAAGGUCGACGGAAAAGAAUACCGGGCUUCGGAGGCUGAUUACACUAUGACUAUGAAUCUGCAAGAUGGUGUUAUCAUUGCCAUAAGUCGCAAAGGCCCAGAUACGGCAGGCAAGGAGCGAGAGCCGCCGCUGAAACCAGAAGACAUGCCAAAACUCCACCAAUUCUCCGAUGUUGGCUGGAUAAAAUGGAAGGCCAUGACCGAGGCGAAUAAUCUUCCUGUUAACAAUCUUCGGUAUUUCUUAUCGCUUGGGAUCGCGAACACACAGACGAUAUCAGUGUGCGAGAGGAUUUUCAGGGAUAAUAACCAAGCAAUGAAGAAGUGGCCUGGAGACGUUUUUCUAGCCGGCACAUGGGACUUCCGUGCUAUCUUGGGAACCCCGAACGUACAAGGCUUUGGGUACAUGCUGGUUCAACACAAGGCAGAUCUGGGCAACAUGUUCAUUAGUAAAAUCCAUGUUUUCCUGUGUGAAAACUACGAGAUUUGCAUUGUCGCAUUUGUGUCCCAACCAGUGGCCACUCCAGUGCAAGAUGCAAUGGUCGGAUCAAUAGUCACCUCCGAUCAGGUCGACAGACGCGACGAAGGAAGUAACGUCAUGCGUUUACACAAGAUCUUCGCGAAGCUGUGA